UCCCACAAGACUGGAUUAGAGAUAGCUGCUUUCGAUGUCAACCAUGACCGCACGACGGCCAUCCUUGCGGGCCGAGAGAUCCUCAAGACCGUCCGAAUCGACAACGACCGCUGCGCGGAGGAGACCAACCUCCGUGCCAAACUCACCCAGGUCGCCUCUCACCGCGAUGAGGUUGCUGGAACUAGAGUCGGACUGCCUCGGAACCUCCCGUCGCAUCGGGCCAAUCUCAACAUCCACGAUGUGAAGUGGAGCCAUAAAGACUUCGACUCCUGCAUUGCCACAGCAUCCACGUCGGGGAAGAUCGUGCUGUACGACCUAAACAAGCAUUCUCUAGAGUUAGCUCGUCUACAUGAGCAUAGUCGCCAAGUCCACAAGCUUGCUUUCUCUCCCUUUCAGGGCUAUGGCCUCCUCUCUGCCUCUCAAGACGGAUCGGUCCGCUUCUGGGACCUCCGGGACCUCUCCCGCAAUCAAUCCACCGUCUAUGCCGGAUCUUCUUCGUCGCUUUUGGCUUGCGGUAGUCGCUACACCUAUAGCACCAAUCAAGCAGAUGGCGUCCGUGACGUGAAGUGGUCUCCCGUCGACGCCGUCCAAUUCGCCUUUGGCACCGACUCCGGUACCGUGCAGUGCUGGGAUCUUCGUUUCCCUGUUCGCCCCACGGUUAAGAUCACCGCCCACGACAAGAUCGUUACCUGCGUGGAUUGGCAUCCUGGUGGACAGUAUUUGGCAUCUGGCAGCGCUGACAAGACCAUCCGUUGCUGGAACAUCGGUCCUGGUCCCUCACAAGAAGAGGUGCCAACGGAGUCCAAAAACCCGAAUAAGCGACUAAAACCGUCGUACUCUAUCCGUUGCCCAGCCCCUGUUGCCAAGAUCGCCUGGCGAACUCCUGCAUGGUCCGACAUUCCUAUUCCGUCCAUAAACGUAUGGCAGACGACACAUCUCGCAGCAUCGUACGCAACCCGUGACCUGCGGACGGUGCAUGUCUGGGAUUUUCGGCGCCCGCAUAUUCCGUUCCGAGGAUUUUCCCCUUUCGACACCGCCCCGACCGACCUAUUAUGGCACUCGCAGCAUCUUCUGUGGCUGGUGAGCCGUGAAGGCAUCUUCACCCAAGCAGAUGUGGCGUUGGCGCCGAAAUGUAUCGACAGGAGGCCGUGGGCGGCCAUCGGCGUCAACCCGGCGGGUGAUUCGGUGGCGGCAGUUACGUCAAGACCGCGAAAG